UGGGUCAUUGUUUUUAAAACCAAAAUCUGUUUCCCAUUGUCUCAUUGCCUCCCCCUUAUCCCAAAGUGCUCCCUCAAUGUGUGUGUGGGGGAGCUAUUUAAAUAUCUCUAUGCAAACCGAAAGAAGUGUCUUUUUCAUUCUCUUCAACGCCAUUGGAUCAGUACUACUAGAAAAUAUUUACAUGUAUUGGUUGAUUUCUAAGGAGCCAGUCUUCAACCUUUAACCUUGUUAAAACAAGGUUCCCUUCAGAACCACUAUGUUCUCUUUCUUUGAGGAAGUAGAUAAAUACGAUCCAGGUUCUGUACAGGCCAGCACAUGUGCUUCCUAAUCUGGAGUCUGAACUCCCUGAAAGUAUAUACAAACCUGUUGGUCGAUUUCUCUGGGGGCAGUGUGUGGAGAAGUUGUGAUCUUUUCCUAAAAAGUUAAGAGCUACUGGCCAAACAAUAUAUUCUGAGUUUCCAGCAACUGGCUGGAAAUGAAAUUUUGCAAGGUGAGAAUUGCUUGUGAGAUUAACCUGUCCUCUGUCUUAUCUUACUGGUAGUGAUUUGAAUAGAGUCAGCAGCUUUUUCAAGCGUCUCAUAUAAAUCUCACUUUUUCCAAAGGAGUUAGCUACUUUGAAGUUUGACUUAACAGCAAAUUAAGGCCAGUACUUAAUGCUGUCACAUAUUCUCAUUUUGGAAAUAGUCAGUUUUUCCUAAACCAGAGUUUUGAUUAGUAGGUCCCCAUAGCAGGUAUAUUGGGUUGGGCAAAAUUUGUGCUAAAGAAGGAUGGCAGACAGUGGAGAAGUUGGUGUUGAGAUUAUGUUGGAAAGGGUAGAGAAGAGUAAAUUGAGAGUUUACAGAACCCAACAGACAGAAAAUAGUAAUUGUGAGCUGUAAAGAGAAGAUUUGCUGCAGAUAAGAAGUCAGAGCUACACUGAGAUUAAAGAAAAUAAAUGGAAGCUGUGGGGUAGGAACCGCCUUACACUUAGCCCUUCUUCCACCAGGGAGGCUUUAGCAAAUGGUUUCUGGAGUUAAUAGCAUCCGGGGCUAAAUGCUUCUCUGGAUUCUCAUGUGCAGUACUUGGAUAUUCUAUGAAUUUGUUUUCUUAAACAAGAACCAAGCCAAUAUUUAAUAUUCUGAACUUCACUUUCUUUCAUUCCAGAACUGAAGCAGGUAGAACUAAAGUCUUGGAUGUCAAAUUUGAGUCAUGCUGAACAAACAGUGGUUCUUGAUGUGGGUAAUAAGAAGAAAGGAAAGCAUGCCUCAAACUCCUCCCUUUUCAGCAAUGUUUGACAGCAGCGGUUACAACCGAAACCUCUAUCAGUCUGCGGAGGACAGCUGUGGAGGGUUGUAUUACCAUGACAACAACCUCCUCUCCGGAUCUCUGGAAGCACUCAUCCAGCACUUAGUACCUAACGUGGAUUACUAUCCGGAUAGAACGUACAUAUUUACCUUCCUACUGAGUUCUCGGUUAUUUAUGCAUCCGUAUGAGCUAAUGGCCAAAGUUUGCCACUUAUGUGUUGAGCACCAGAGACUAAGUGAUCCUAGUGGUGAUAAGAAUCAGAUAAGAAAAAUUGCACCCAAAAUUCUUCAACUCCUGACAGAAUGGACAGAAACAUUUCCUUAUGAUUUUCGGGAUGAAAGAAUGAUGAGAAACUUAAAAGAUCUGGCUCACCGAAUAGCCAGUGGUGAGGAGAGCGAAGCUGAAUCCUCUAACUGCCCUCAACCAAGGUGGCUGUCCAACGUGAAGACAUACAGGAAGAAUGUCCAGCAGAUGAUCCAAUGUCUAAUCCGCAAACUUGCCGCGCUCAGCCAGUAUGAGGAAGUCCUGGCAAAAAUCAGCUCCACGUCAACAGAUCGGCUCACACUUCUCAAGACCAAGCCACAGUCCAUACAAAGGGACAUUAUUACUGUCUGCAGUGACCCUUACACGUUGGCCCAGCAGCUGACUCACAUAGAGCUAGAGAGGCUCAAUUAUAUUGGCCCAGAAGAAUUUGUUCAGGCAUUUGUGCAGAAGGACCCUUUGGACAAUGACAAGAGUUGCUACAGUGAACGGAAGAAAACACGAAACUUAGAAGCUUACGUGGAAUGGUUUAAUCGUCUCAGCUACUUGGUUGCUACAGAAAUCUGCAUGCCUGUAAAGAAGAAGCACCGAGCAAGGAUGAUUGAGUAUUUCAUUGACGUAGCUCGGGAGUGUUUUAACAUUGGCAACUUUAAUUCCUUGAUGGCAAUAAUCUCUGGCAUGAAUAUGAGCCCAGUCUCUCGACUGAAAAAAACUUGGGCCAAAGUGAAGACAGCGAAGUUUGACGUUCUUGAGCAUCAGAUGGACCCUUCAAGCAAUUUCUACAAUUAUCGAACAGCUCUUCGUGGGGCGGCACAAAGGUCUUUAACUGCUCAUAGCAGCAGAGAGAAGAUUGUGAUACCAUUCUUCAGUCUUUUAAUCAAAGAUAUUUAUUUCCUCAAUGAGGGGUGUGCCAACCGCCUUCCCAACGGCCAUGUCAACUUUGAGAAAUUUUGGGAACUGGCCAAACAAGUGAGUGAAUUCAUGACAUGGAAGCAAGUGGAGUGUCCAUUUGAGAGGGACCGGAAGAUCUUACAGUACUUGCUCACAGUACCAGUCUUUAGUGAAGAUGCUCUCUACUUGGCUUCCUAUGAGAGUGAAGGACCUGAAAACCAUAUAGAGAAAGACAGAUGGAAGUCCUUAAGGUCCAGCCUCCUGGGCAGAGUUUAACACACGGGAUGCUGGCUGCUGCUAGCCGCUGCUGCGUUCAAGCAGAUCAUCGAGGGGCUGGCCUUUGUUUUCGGGCAUCUAGUGCCACAAAAAAUCAUGAAGUCCCUGCAAGCACGCUCCCUCAAGAGCAGACGGGGACCUUAUUCCCCACAGCUGACAGACUGACUCAGAUUUUGUGAGACUGUAAUGUUCACUGAGGACACUUGAGGAAGAAUCCUCUAAAGAUCCCAGCUCUGCAAUGAUUCAUCUCCUGGAAUUUCCAUGUGAAUCACAGCUCUGCAUCUGGCUGGAGCUUUCUUUUGUGUGUGUGUGUGUGUUUUUUAAUUUGGUUCAACAUUUGCUGCUAAUGGGACUUGCCCAGCUGAGUGCUGGCUCUUAGGAAGCCCACGUUUCUUUGUUAACUUGAAAGAAAAAGGGAGAAGAGGGAGGGGAAGCAAGCCCUCCAUUUAGAUCCCAAACUGCAGCUCAGUGGUAUUGCCGGGAGGGGUCAGGCUGGCUGGAUGCCAACUGCAGACUUUGUUUCCCUGAGCUCGGGCUGUGUUGUGAAUUCCCCUCCUCCCUCUUCCUACAAGGUUUUGAGUUGGCUGCUGGUUAGCAAACUCCUUUUUACCCAUAUAAGUUAUUUAAUAUAAUAAUGAAGCUAACACUGUGGUAGGAAAAUAGCCACUAGAAAAAAAAGCAGAGUUUGUCAUUGGACUGUGUAACAUUCUAGAAGGACCUUCUGUUUUCUUUACCCUUCUGAGCUGUUUACAGCUGACCACUGUGUUCUACAGAUGUGUUUCUCAGUAGUGUUUCUGUUACUUAGUUUUCCAUGAUGCCUAUUUUUUUUUCCUCUUGUAAAUUUAAAUUAUCUGACUUUAAGGGUCUUGGGAAAAAACCCAUGGCCUAAUUACAGUUUAAUUUUUUAAACAGACUUAUUUUUCACUACCUUUCAUAGUCUGUUGGCGACUAAACAUGUGAACAGAGAACAGAUUGGAAAAGAUAACCCCCGCCCACGAGAGCAGUGAACAAAACAAAUGAAAAACAUCUUGCUGUUGACUCAGAGGUCGAACUAAUUGUGAAAUAGUUCACCUUGUUAAACAUCUAAAUAAAUCUGUAGUGGCUCUGCAAACAGCCAUUAUAUUUAUUUACUGUAGGAGAAACUGUAGUAGUAAACUGUGCUAAUGAAAAAAAAAAAAAAAAGACAUCAUGUUCAAAACAGAGAUGUAUUUGCAAACUUAAUGACAUGGUUUCAGAAAAACAGAGCAUGUCUGUAUGCUGCACACCAUCUCAGCAGACCUAAAAUGUCUCCAAGCUGUCCCUUUACAACCAUCAAUAUAUUUGACACUCUGCGGCCAGGA